UCCGGAUAAUCGGAAUGCGACCAAACAAUUGGCUUUCAUAAAGACCAAGAAAAGAAAAAGUUCUUUUCAUACAUUUUACUAGCUUUCUGUUUAAGCAGAUUGCGCACUACGCGACCUUUGAAUAACCCUUCCUGGACCGAUGAUAUUAUUCUCCGGAGGAUACAUGGAGCGACGCAAUUGAAACAUCCUCGUACGAUAGUUGGAGCCUGGCAAAGAAAAAUUGUAUAAGAUGGUCGAGGAGGGGACAGAGGGGUCUCGAAAUGACCUGAGUAAUGACGGUCGCCUGCAAAAGGAAUCAUCAAAUCAGCGCGUCCAGUCUGCAAGUGAGACGUUAUGGGACAGGAUCAAGGCCAUCUGGGGUAAAGAUCAUUCCGAUUCUGUGCCUAGGAAUAGAGAGGGCAUUGAGAUUCAUACUUGGAACAGUGCAGAAGACCCUGAUAAUCCGUUCAAUUGGAGCCCAACUUACAAAUGGGUUCUGACCAUAACAGUGUGCUUUAUUUCCAUCUUGACUGGACUGCCAGCUGGAACGUAUGGCGCCGGUAAUAACGAGAUGGAACAAAGAUUCCAUGUUCAAAAUCAACCGUUUCCAAACUUGUACUGGGCCACUACAUCUUGGAACAUGGGUGCUGCAUUUUGGCCACUCAUUUUUGUUCCUCUAACCGAGUCUUCGGGGCGUAUGCCAGGAUAUUUUGUUGCAUAUUUCAUUCUGGUUAUCUCCCUUUUCCCUUCCGCCUUUGCGCAGAACUUUGCGACGCUAGUUGUGACUCGGUUUUUUGGUGGCGGUGCAUCCUCUGUGUCGAUCAAUAUUGUGGGCGGAAGUAUUAGCGAUGUUUGGUAUGGUGACAAGGCACGUAGCUUGCCAAUGUCACUUUUUGGAUUCACCAGUGUCAUCGGCAUCGCCUUGGGGCCUUUUAUCGGCUCAGCGAUCCAGGAGAUACACAAAACUGACUCGUGGAGAUGGAUUUUUUAUGUCCAGAUCAUCUAUAAUUCGGGUCUGAUUCCGAUCUUCUGGUUUAUCCUCUACGAAACGCGACCAGACGUGAUCCUCGCAAAACGCGCAAGGAAGAUCCGCAAAGAGACUGGGAGACCGGUAUAUGCGGAAGUGGAGCUUGACAGUACCAGCAUCUGGAGCCUUCUGAAGAUUUCCUUUAUGCGACCGACGAGGAUGCUGCUCACCGAACCAGUGGUCACUUUCUUCACGCUGUGGAUUAGUUUUGCUUGGGGGAUACUCUAUCUGUUCUUCAAUAGCGUAGUUCAAACUUUCAGCGCUAACUACGGGUUUGGGACUUUCCAAACUGGGAUGAUUCAGCUUGCUAUCUCUGUGGGAGCAGUUAUUGGAACCCUGGUUAAUCCACUCCAAGAUCGACUCUACUUACAUUCCGAAAGAUACAAUAAGGAAAAGCCCGGGAAGCCAGUUCCCGAAGCCCGGUUAUAUUCAUCUAUUCCCGGAAGUUUGCUGUUUUCAGGGGGUCUCUUCUGGUACGGCUGGUCCAGCGUCGGUCAUAUUCACUGGAUCGUUCCAACCUGCGGGAUCGCAGCGACAGGAGUUGGAAUUUACUCGAUCUACAUGGCCGUUGUCAAUUAUCUGACUGACGCUUAUGAAAAGUAUGCCGCGUCGGCCCUGUCUGCAGCCUCUCUCGGCCGCAACUCAUUCGGGGCUUUCCUUCCUCUAGCAUCAUAUCCCCUGUUUCAGAAUCUUGGCUAUGGCUGGGCUGGGUCACUUCUUGGUUUCGUUGGUGUUGCUCUGUCUAUCGUUCCUUGUGUCCUAGUUCUCAAAGGUCCAGAAAUUCGCAAACGCAGUCCUUUCAUGCGCGAGUCUGUCUGGGAUAAUGAUGAGUCGGCAAAGAGCUAUCCGGAACCCUGAUAUCAGAGGUGUGGAUGCGAUUCUGGUUGGUGUUUAUGUAUAUAUGACUUGGAGUUCGACAAUUCAGGCCGAUCUGCAAAAGCGUCAUGUCGAUAGAGCUGGUGAGGUUCGAGUACUAGACGAUGUUGGUAAAAAUAAUGUAACUUUAGCCAUGGACAUGGGUUAUAUGUGUAAUAAAGUCGUUGUUUCAGAAGCCAGGAUCUGGGUCUGACUUCCUAGAAACUUUAUCGCAAUAGCAAUUCAAGCGAGGGGCAG